AUGGCCGACCCGAGUUCUCCAGUCGAUAUUCGUGCACAUAUUCGCUAUGAUAAAUAUCAUGGUAUUUCUGCUGAAAAUUCAUAUUCGAAUUAUAAGAAACUGUGCAUAACAUUUGGAAAAGAAGCGAUUUCUUAUGAAGAAUAUGAGUCUCUGUUUGAUCAAUAUUUUGAAGAAAGCAACUAUAAUGCUAGAUAUGAAAGAUUCAAAGUUAACCUGAUCUCUGACAUUCGUGGAUGCAUUCUUUCUGAUGUCAUCAAUGGAAAAUCGGUAGAAAUUUCAUAUAAAGAUCUUUGUGAAACAUUUGGAAGUGACAACAUUGAGAGACAUGCUCGUCAGUACAGCAUUUAUUGUACAGAGAGUGGCAGAGAAGACUCCAUUGACGAUUUGUGUCGUGAAUUCAAAAGACAUAAAAUCCAUAAGGAAGAUCAUGGUUACUGGUAUAAACGAUUUGAAAAUGGACACUUAUUCAAUCGUGUUACAUUCUCCGAUUUGCCAGAAGAUGUCUUUGCUGAGAUUGUCGAAAAAUGUGAUAUCAAGUCAUAUUUGAAUCUCCGAAACGUUUCACGUGGACUUCGAAGCGUCGUAGAUCAACUGGCGCCUCCUUGCUGUGAUAUUAAAGUGGAUUGCGGACAGGAUUCCAGAGAGGACUUUAUACACGUCUUUUUAAAUGACACACUUAUGGCUAACUCGCUUCGUUUCAAAACAUCCAAUUCAUAUCUACCAAUAGAAGAUACCGAAACACCAGUACCUGGAACACUGGCACUUUUGCUAAGAAAUCCGAAACUCCGAGUGAAAUCUUUCACAUUUUUCACGUAUUCUGGUCGUUCAGAGGCCUUGUAUACAAAGAUUGUAAUCAAUCUUCUCAACUCAUUCAAUCGUAAAAUCCACGUGGAAAGUUGCUUCAUUGGAGGCGGAAGUGUGAAUGAUUUGAUCGGAAUUUUACAAAGUUUCAAACCGGGAACACUCGAAAAAAUUGAUUUUUUCCAGGAUUUCCCGUUUUUUAUUGCCAGUCAAAUCGUUGAAAUGGAUCAAUGGAAACAGGCGAAACACCUGCGUUUGUAUGGAGACGGCUUGCCACCGAUGGAACAUUUUCUUCAUUUUUCAACUAUUGAAUAUAUUGGAUCGAUUCCUCUGACAGAUUUUGUCAAACUUUGCGAUAGUAUAUCCAAAUCGAGCAGCUUCAAACAAAUCAAAAUGCAAUUUGAGAAUGGAUUGGAUACGGAAGAAGUCAAGAGAGUUCUGAAUCUUCAGCCAACUGCCUCUCCACAAAUUUACUCAAUUCCAAAUUCAAAUUUGUUUUUUCAUGUUUUGAUUGAUCGUUUCGGUUUGGAAUCGUACAAAAUCACCAAAAAUUAA